GGCAAAAGCCAGCAGUCUUCCUACAGCAUGCUUUUCUAGGAGAUGCUACCCACUGGAUUUCUAACCUUCCCAACAACAGCUUGGGCUUCCUCCUUGCAGAUGCUGGCUAUGAUGUCUGGAUGGGAAACAGCCGAGGGAACACUUGGUCUUUAAAACACAAGACCCUUAAUCCCAGCCAGAAAGAGUUCUGGCAGUUCAGCUUCGAUGAGAUAGGUAAAUACGAUAUUCCAGCAGAGCUGUACUUCAUCAUGAAUAAAACUGGACAGAAGGAUAUAUAUUAUGUUGGUCACUCUGAAGGCACAACAACAGGAUUCAUAGCAUUUUCUACAUACCCUGAGCUGGCUAAACGGGUGAAAAUGUUCUGUGCUCUGGGCCCAGUAACCACAUGCUCACAUGCUACAAGCCCUCUGAUUAAGAUAACAAAUGUUCCUGAACCACUGCUCAGGUUAGUAUUUGGCUGCAAAGGAACCAUGCACCAAAUCGGAUUUCUGAAAGGACCUGUGACACGGUUAUGUACAAGCCUGGAUAAGUUUUGUGGCCAUAUACUCUGUUACAUAGCUGGAGGCAGCAUAAAAAAUCUGAACACGGUAAGUAUAUGCAAGAACGCCUACUCAAA